AUGCAAAGACGUUCCCAUACCGCGAAAGCAGCAAACCAGGCCAACAUCGACACAGCCAAUGCCGAGCAUACCAAGCGAUCUCGUGAAGAUGGGUUUGAGGAUGAGCCCACUCUCAACGUUUCCGCACUGAAAAAAGCCAAAGUGUCCAGUACAGGACGAGAUGUUCCACCCGAACUUGCUGAUACAUCCAUAGGUGUCAGUCCUGCAGUCCCCAAAUGCAAACCUAAGGUGGCUCCUCGUGACCCACUUCCAGAUCGCCUGAACCGCGUUGUCAACCCAGGGGCAAUCAACAAACCACGCCCAAAGCGAAGUUCCAAGCAGGUGGCAGAAGACGAAGCUCGGAAGGAGCAGAGGAGGUUACGGCUGGCAGAGAUCGAACGAGAGAAGCUGGAGAUCGCCGCCCAAAUGGAAUUGGACGAGGAGGAAGAGGCAGCACAAGAGCGACGCGUCUCAAUCGCCUGCUUGGCUGACCGCUCCAGGUUGUAUGAUGAAGACCCUAUCAACAACGAUGAGGAAUUCUUCCCCGUUGAAGAUUUCUCUGUGGAGGACGUACCCAUUGACAUCGACGACGAGCUUCUCACAGACGUUGUCGAGCAAGACACUGCCAAAUCAUCUGCGAAAUCAAUCAAAGUCCCAAAGAACAAGAAAGCGAAAGGCGACACACGAGCGGCACUGGAUGCGCUCAAAGAUAAGAAGAAGGCAGUCUCCGCUUUGGUAAAGACAAGUGAAGGAACACGCAAACUUGCAGGCUUGGUUCCAGGUUGGCAGACCAAGCCCUCCGUUCUCGCCUCAGCCAAAGGCCCCCGCUUGAAGACCGCAUCCCACUCAAAGCCGACGACGAAAGAAGAUUCCGAUGUGAAUGCUUUUGACUUUGGAGGUCUGGGCGAUGAUGACGCCGAUGCGGUGCAGCCGUCUCUGGCUCAUGUGAAAGGGGGACGGGGUGUACGGACAAAUGAUCUACUUAAUGUCACGGCUCCUAAGGACUAUGCGACCCCUUCGAAGCCAGCUCAGCAAAUGUCGAAGGCCCCAAAAUCCACGAAACCCUCCACCACUCGUACUAAUCUCGUGAAGCGUGAAUCUAGCCCUGGGCCCUUGGACGUUGCUCAUUCAUCACCAAUACUCGUUUCGUCUGAUUCCCUGAAGGAACUUCCACACUUUGUCCAAGCUGAGUGGACCACUCGCUUCCUUCCCACUCUCUAUCACUGCCUCUUCGCAUCAGACGACCCCUUUGGUCCAUUUUCAAAGGGCCCCAAUCUCGUCAAUACCAUUCAAAACGUUCUGAAUCUCCUAUACCCUGGUAAUAACUACAAAGUUAUGUGUGGCAGCAAGCUCUGCCAAUUGGCCUACGAUCAACUUUGCGACAAGUGCUCAAUCAUCGGCAGGAACAGCCUCAAGGUUAUCAAGGCAUUCUUUGCACAAGCGGAGUACGACCGUAACCCCACAGCGAUUGGCCGGUACAUCAGGUGGGCAACUAGGGAAGAUGGGCCGGCGUUGUGGGAAGUACCAUCAUUUCUGCAGUACACCGAGGACGAUCCCGGGUAUAUGCCUCCACGAGGAUUAUUCCAAUCCCAGUUCAUUAUCGAUGUCGCCACCCCCUUCCUUCAAUAUCUUAACGCAUCGCUCGGCAAUUUUGGUCGCCCAAAGGCACUUUUUGCACUCACAGCAGCAGCAGUCGAAUGCGCAUUCUUAUCAUUUUCAACGGGGGUAUUUGUCAAGCCGUCAGGGGAUUUCUCACAAGAACACGUUGGCCACCUCGUCGCUGACUACAUGGCAAACUUCGAGUUGUUUAGCGAGCGCCGUUGGUCCGAGCUGAUGGCCGCCUGUGGUUUCGCGAUUGAGUCUCAAAAGGUCAAAAAGGUUAACCCUGGCGCGUCUUCCCUCCAGAAGCGCCGUCGAGUUCUUUACAUCCCAAGCAGCCUGCCCCCUGAAGACAAUUAA